AUGUUCAGAAACACUGCUUUGAAGGCCACCAACCUGCGUGGUGUGGCUUCCACCACCGGCCGGAGGACUUUCCACCUGGCCUCGAGCGCUCGUAGCGCCUCGAAGACCUCCAGCUUCAACCUGACUGCCCGCCGACCUCUCGCUGUCGUCGACCGCACCUUCACUGGUGCCCGGCUCUAUGCCUCCUCUGCGGAGGGUCCUGCUCCUGGAGUGGACCCGAAUGAUUCUUUCCUCCAGGGUAGCACCGCCAACUAUAUUGACGAGAUGCCUUCACUCCUCCCCCCUACCCUUGUCCCGACUCCUACCGGCGGUGUUCCCCAGGACAUGCCCGGCGCUGGUGUCGCCGCUGGUGCUGACGUGACAAACCACUUGAAGGUUCAGCUUCUGGUGCGCGCCUACCAGGCCCGCGGUCACCACAAGGCUAAGAUCGACCCCCUCGGCAUCCGUGGCGAGGCCGAGGCCUUUGGUUACAGCAAGCCCAAGGAGCUUGAGCUUGACCACUACGGUUUCACUGAGCGCGACCUCGACCAGGAAUUCGCUCUCGGACCUGGCAUCCUACCCCGUUUCCUGACCGAAGAGCGCAAGAAGAUGACUCUGCGCGAGAUCAUUGACGCCUGCGAGAAGGUCUACUGCGGCUCCUACGGUGUCGAGUACAUUCACAUCCCCGACCGCAAGCCUUGCGAGUGGAUCCGUGACCGCUUCGAGAUCCCCGAGCCCUUCAAGUACUCGGUUGACGACAAGCGCCGCAUCCUCGACCGUCUCAUCUGGAGUUCCAGCUUCGAGUCCUUCCUGGCCACCAAGUUCCCCAACGACAAGCGUUUCGGUCUGGAGGGAUGUGAGACCCUUGUGCCCGGUAUGAAGGCCCUUAUUGACCGUAGUGUCGACUAUGGCAUCAAAGACAUCGUCAUCGGUAUGCCUCACCGUGGUCGUCUCAACGUUCUGUCCAACGUCGUUCGCAAGCCCAACGAGUCCAUCUUCAGUGAGUUCGCUGGCUCCACCGAGCCGUCCGAGGAGGGCUCCGGUGAUGUCAAGUAUCACUUGGGUAUGAACUUCGAGCGCCCUACUCCCUCCGGCAAGCGUGUACAGCUGUCUCUGGUUGCCAACCCCUCUCACCUGGAGGCUGAGGACCCUGUCGUGCUGGGCAAGACCCGUGCCAUCCAGCACUACAACAAGGAUGAGACCCACUUCGACUCCGCUAUGGGUGUUCUGCUCCACGGUGACGCUGCCUUCGCUGGUCAGGGUGUUGUCUACGAGACCAUGGGCUUCCACUCCCUGCCCGCCUACUCCACCGGCGGUACUAUCCACAUCGUCGUGAACAACCAGAUUGGUUUCACCACCGAUCCCCGCUUUGCCCGUUCCACCCCCUACUGCUCGGACAUUGCAAAGUCUAUCGAUGCCCCCGUGUUCCACGUGAACGCCGACGAUGUUGAGGCUGUCAACUACGUUUGCCAGGUCGCUGCUGACUGGCGUGCGGAGUUCAAGAGCGAUGUUGUUAUCGACAUGGUCUGCUACCGUAAACAGGGACACAACGAGACUGACCAGCCUUCGUUCACCCAGCCUCUGAUGUACAAGCGCAUUGCUUCUCAGAAGGCUCAGCUUGAUACCUACAUCGAGAAGCUCAUUAACGAGGGUACUUUCACCAAGGAGGACAUUGAUGAGCACAAGAAGUGGGUCUGGGGCAUGCUGAACGACAGCUUCGACCGCAGCAAGGACUACCAGCCCACUAGCAAGGAGUGGUUGACUUCCGCCUGGAACAACUUCAAGACCCCCAAGGAGCUGGCCACCGAGGUGCUCCCCCACCUCCCCACUGCCGUUGGUGCUAACUCCUUGAAGCACAUUGCUGAUAAGGUGGCCGGCACCGGCGCUCCUGAGGGCUUCACCCUCCACCGCAACCUUAAGCGUAUCUUGACCAACCGCAAGAAGACCGUCGACGAGGGUAAGAACAUCGACUGGGCUACUGCUGAGGCUCUUGCCUUCGGUUCGCUGGUUGACGAGGGUUACCACGUCCGUAUCUCCGGACAGGAUGUUGAGCGUGGUACCUUCUCUCAGCGCCACGCUGUCCUGCACGACCAGGAGAACGAGGCCACCUACACUCCCCUACAGCACAUCAGUGACAAGCAGGGCAGUUUCGCUCUCGUCAUGUGGGAGGCUCAGUUCGGUGACUUCGCCAACAAUGCGCAGUGUAUCAUUGACCAGUUCAUCGCCGCUGGUGAAUCCAAGUGGCUGCAGCGUUCUGGUCUGAUCGUCUCUUUGCCUCACGGAUAUGACGGUCAGGGUCCCGAGCACUCUUCCGGCCGUAUGGAGCGCUGGUUGCAGCUUUGCAACGAAGAGCCUCGCGUGUUCCCUUCUGCCGACAAGCUGGACCGUCAGCACCAGGACUGCAACAUGCAGAUCGCUUACAUGACUGAGCCCGCCAACCUGUUCCACAUCCUGCGUCGCCAGAUCCACCGCCAGUUCCGCAAGCCCUUGAUCAUCUUCUUCUCCAAGUCUCUGCUGCGUCACCCCAUUGCUCGCUCUGACCUGGAGAGCUUCACCGAUGACUCUCACUUCCAGUGGAUCAUCCCCGACCCCGCCCACGGCACCGCUAUCGAAGCCCCCGAGAAUAUUGAGCGUGUCAUCCUGUGCUCUGGCCAGGUUUACGCCACUCUCAUCAAGCACCGUGAGGCCCAGGGCAUCCGCAACACCGCCAUCACCCGUGUUGAGCAGCUGCACCCCUUCCCCUGGGCUCAGCUGAAGGAGAACCUGGACAGCUACCCCAACGCCAAGAACAUUGUUUGGUGUCAGGAGGAGCCUUUGAACGCCGGUGCCUGGUCUUACGCCCAGCCCCGUAUCGAGACUCUCCUGAACUCGACCGAGCACCACAACCGCCGCCACGUUCUGUACGCCGGUCGCUCCCCCAGUGCCUCCGUCGCUACCGGACUCAAGGCCGUCCACUUGAAGGAGGAGCAGGAGUUCCUGGAGGAUGCUUUCUCCGUCCACCAGGAGCGCCUCAAGGGCGAGUAA